AUGGCCAAGUGGGGUGAGGGUGACCCAGGCUGGAGGGAGCGGGCAGAUGCCACCACCAACAGCUGGCCCUGGGCAGAGAGGGAUGCUUCAGACGGGUCCACAGAUACGCUGAAAGCACUGUUCCUGGCAGUGCGGGUGCAAACUGAGGAGGGCAAGUGUGAGGUGACAGAAGUGAACAAACUUGAUGGAGAAAUGUCCAUUCACAAUCGCAAAGGCAAACUUAUCUUCUUUUAUGAGUGGAGUAUCACGCUAAACCGGAUGGGUACCUCUAAGUCUGGAGCGCAGUACAAGGGACAUGCGGAGACCCCCAAUUUGUCUGAUGAAAACAGCAUGGAUGACGUGAGAUUAGAAGAGCCGGACACAGAUCUUGUGGCCUUAAGGAAAGAAGGGCCACAGAGAAGCAAUGGGCAUGUACUUCAGCACCCUCGAAACGGAGCUCACGCAGGGCAUGAUCUUGCCCGCGCUGAAUGGAGAGUCAGUAGCCCCCACUGGUCAGCCAGUACCCACAACUAA